UGUAGAAAUAUACACGUAAAAUCGAAAAUUUCAAAUUUCUCCAGAUCUAAUAAGUGGUUGGACAUUUCUGAUACCUAGCAUACAUUAAUUGCAUUAAUAUACUUACUAGACAGCGUAAAGAUUGUUCAAUAACGUGUAUUACAUCUAUGUAUUUGAGCAUCAUGACUGUUUCGAGGAAAGAGCAAGGCGCAAUCUUCGAUAUUAUCUGAAUGGAAUGAGUAUUUAUAAGCAAAUCUGGAUAGCGAAUUGACACAAUCUGGGAAGAGACAGACUCAGUGUAUAUGGGCUGUUGUGUUUAUUCAUCUUCCAUGAGAGGAAUACAACUGCUUGUGUGAUUACAUUAUGAUUAUUUCAACAUGUUCCUGCAGAGGAUAUCUAAAACUCCCUCAAUUCUAUACUUCCUUAAGUAUUUUGCUAAUUCUUUUUCAAGUAAAUUAUUGUAUAAUACCACAAGCUAGCCAAGAGGAUUUAUUACAUUCAUUCAAAAGCUACUCUGAUGUAGCGAUGUUUCGUUAUACUGUACCAAAAGAAGUACUAAGAGCUACAUGGCAAUUUGCUGCAUUUAUGGAUGAUCCAAGUUGUCAACCUCGGAAAGUAUACAUACACUUAAGGUUUGGUAGUUAUCCAAUUAUAUCCACAAACAAUGAAUCAUUUUUCACAAAAAAUGAAUCAUUUCUCACAAAUAUGCAUAUCGAAAACAACCAUGAUAUCAUAAUUACUACUAUGACAAGUUAUCAAUCAAAACAUCCAAUUAUUGUGCCAAUUUAUGGACCUGAAGCUGGGGAUUGGUUUGUGGGAACUUACAUGUCUCCAUGGGAUCAAAGAGUGCAACAGCAAGGUUUAGGACACAUAUGCCAAUACAGUAUAGGUACAGUAACUUUAUGGUCACAAGUAGACAGUAUUAAAAAUAUUCCUAUCGGUUACAAAGUAACAUUGCAAACAAGUGGGACGAUAACAUACUACAAAAUAUACAUCCCCUCAGAGACAUGGGCUUUCCGUUUGUCUAUCUGGAACUGCAGUUUUACUUUGCACAGUUAUCACGAUAUUCGUGAGCCUUGCAUCGGAAGCGUAUCCUUAAAGGGACGUGCUUUACCGACUUCCAACUAUUCUCAUCCUGAGGAGUCUAUAAGUUUGACUACAAAUACUAGUUAUACAUUUGUAGAAAUGUCUCCUUAUGAAGAUAGCUACUAUUACUUAUCGAUAAUUUCUAAUAGUGUCAUAGAGUUCGACGUUAAAGUCACUGUAUCAGAAUGUCCCAUCAGAGUGAUAGAAAAAUAUUUCAACAGAGAAUAUAUCAAUGCCGCCGUAAGCUUUAAUUCCAUAACAGGAUCAAAUACCAAAGAUUCCGUAAGACAGGUACAACGUUAUGAAGAAAACAGUACCAAUAGCAAAUAUGUGUUUUACAAAAAUCAAUCUUACCAAAGAAAUAAGAAACCUGAUACUGGAGACGUUUGUAUGCCACGUCAUCAAUUGGUUCGUGUAAAACAUACUAAGGCGUUUUCGACCGUCUAUUUCUUACAGGGGAAUGAAUGGCUAAGUUCGCGUCUGAUGUUAAUGGAUUCGGUCCCAAUCAUGAUACAAUUCAAUAUUUUGCCAUUAAUAGAUACUGGUGGCACGCUUGAUAUCAGUGUGCAUUUAGAAGCGGAAAAGCUGACACCGAAAGUAUUAAUAUUGAUAAUAUUAUGCGUCCAGAGAGGUCGUAUACCAAAAUUCGACGAGUUCAACCACUCCUGUCAAAAUGGUGCGUUAUCAAUGAAUUUGUCUUCAUUCGAUAAACAUAACGCGAGUUUGUUAAUAGCGUAUCCACAACCAGAUGUAUGGUAUAUUAUUAUCGAUACGAUAUGUUACGAUUAUGGCAAUUCGGCGCAUUGCCAAUUUGAGGAUGUUUCCAUGUUGUUGAACGUGCACACCAAAAAGUGCGUGUUUUCCGAUCCAAGUCCUUGUGGUGAUCACGGUGUAUGCCGAGAAAUUCAGCGGAACAAUCUUCACUACACAACAUGCAAUUGCUUCGAAGGUUACGCGGGGUAUGAUUGUACCGAAGUUGUAAACACCACUGCCGCCAUUUUAUCCGUCCUGAGUGUCACGAUGCUUACUUUAAGCAACGCUUUCUUUAUACCAGCCAUUUAUUUAGCCGCAAAACGAAAACUAUACGCGGAGGGAUUGGUAUACUUGGCCACCAUGUUGUUUUCGUCCUUUUAUCACGCCUGUGAUCAGAAUAACGGAGGUUUCUGCAUCAUAAAGUAUGAAGUGUUACAAUAUAGCGACUUUUUUUCGAGCAUUCUUGCAUUUUGGGUAACACUGGUGGCGAUGGCGAAGUUGACUAGCAAGUUCGCGUCGAUGUGCCAUAUGACAGGAGUGUUCGUCAUCAUGACAGCAGUGCAGGUCAAUAAAAUGUGUCUCAUCAGCAUACUAGUGCCGCUAUCGAUGGGUAUUCUUAUACUUAUUUUUAUGUAUAUUUAUCGCAAUUUUCAUGCUGAAAAAUGGGAGAAGCCGAAAGGCAAGACGAUAAUAGGUCUGUUGCUCGCUAUAACAGGCAUGUUGCUUUAUUCCUUCGCCGAAACCGAGAAGAACUAUGCAUAUAUUCACAGUAUGUGGCACAUCGUCAUGGCGAUAUCGCUGAUAUUCCUGUUGCCACCUAAACGAACUACCUCUUCGAGAUACGCCUUCUCGAACAACGACGUCGAGUCGCAAAGAGCAUCACGAGAUUCCAACGUUUACGAUAAUCGAUAAGAAAAACUAAAUCAAAACAGGGGGAAGAGGACGAGGGACAAGGUUUCAGGCGAGCUUUAACGAUAAGACAGGAAGCGGCAACUUAAGCGCGUAUCAGACUACGCAUUGAGGAUUGAGAUUGUACUGAGAUUUGGCGUUGGAGAUUGGAAGUCUUGGACAAUAAGAACGGAGCAAGACGUUGAAUGAACGAGUCGAUUAAAUUAGGAGUGGACACCUCGCUUCUUUACGAUGUAAAGACCGAGUAUAGUUCUUUUGAACCAUGCUGUCAUUGAAAUGGAGCCUAGGAAACUUAGAUCGAAGAUAAAUCAGUUUUAAUGAGACAAAAGAUGGU